CUGGUCUUGGCGCAGUUGAGAGGAUUUCUGGCGAGACCAGAUUGGUUGCCAUGGUAGCCAACAUAACGUUGGGUAACAGCUGGGACGAAGCCCAUGAUUGCCAGACUCAAGAACUUCUACUACAAAACUCCGACCCUAAGGAUUUUACACCUGAAAUAUAAUUAAGGCUAUUUUACUCUGAUUGCUUUGCGUUACUAUCGCGAAGUUCCAAGCUACCAGAUUCCAUAUCUACCCCGCCACUUGUGUAAACAAACCGGACAUACUGAUCAGGGAGCAGCGUUGUACCCACACAGCUACAAGUCAAGCCGACCGAGAUCCCUACGAACUUAAAUCAAAUACAAUUUGACAAAAAUAUCGAAACAAACACACAUCAACUCCAUAGGCGGCGCCGUCAUGCGUUUGCGAACGCUAGUACCCGCACUCUCGGCACUCCUCCUCGCCCCUCCCUCAACGACCGCCUCUCAUCUCCGUGCCUCCCCCUUCUCCGCCGCAUACCUAUCCACCAGCACUUUCGACUCCCUCAUAAAGCGCCAAAGCUGUCCCGCAGACUACAACUCCUGCGCCAGCCUCUCCGCCCCCAAUUCUGCCUCGAACUGCUGCGCCGCCUCAUCCCUCUGCGCCCUCGACAAUGCUGGCAACAUAGCCUGCUGCCCCCUCGGCUCCUACUGCACCGGCAUAAUCUCCAUCGCGCCCUCUCCAACCACAUCACAUACAGGGCCUAUAACCUCCGCCCCGACAGAAACGCAAACCGCCGCCCCAGCAACGGGCUACGUCCCAAACACAUUCUAUCCGUUUCCGAUCAUCUUCGCCUCCGGAACAAACUUUGGUGAUAAGGCGCAAUGCGAGGCGGCUUAUGAGUCGUGUGCGGGAUACUAUCAGCAGUGCACGCAGCGGCUUGAGGGUGGGGGCGGAGGAUUUGGUGUCACAGUUGCGGGACCAGGAGGUGGGAUAACGGUUGCGGGAGGGGCAGGCGUGAGUGUGGGGAUUGAGAGUGCGACAAAGAUCUGUUCAUCGCUGAGUGGGGAGGCGUGUCCGGGGACUGCGGCAACGUGUACGGCUGCUGGGGAUGGCACGGAUAAUGGGGCGGGGGUGGCUACGACAACGCCCAGCCAAACGGGGUUUGUUGUUGGUGAUCCGGGGGCUGGUGCGGCUCCUGGAAUAGAAGUUGGGAGGUGGGGGUUGGGGAUGGUGGUUAUCGUGGGGUUGGUUACUGGUUGGGGGAUCUGAUUAAGGAUACUUUUGGUUGUUGAGGGCGAUUGUUAUACGCAGAAACGAAACGGAUGAUUUGAGCGCGGGAUAUACGACGAUGUGGACAUGUAUCAUGAUCGAAUUUUUGCAGCUACGGCGUUCCGAGUUUCAUUAGCGGGUUGGAUUUACAGCGCUGUUUGUCUGGAACAGAAGACCAGACGGGCUGGGCCUGAAGCAUCAGAAUUAUGUGUCUAUUGGAAGGACCUACAUGAGCGAGGAAAUGGGUAUGUACUGGAUCGAUGUUAUCAUCUCCACGGAAUAUCAUAAAGCGAUCUUGGCUUAAUUGAUAUAAGUAUGGUUUGUAAACUAUGUCUUGGCAUUCAAUCACUUGGAGAUGCAGAACCUGUGUGAGAGCGAACGUCGAAUUGCGUAUAUAGAAAACCUUCUGUUCUGUAAUGAUAUUUAAU